CCUUCUUCCGGUCAAUCUUUCCCGUCCGACGACUCCAAAUUUGACUCCUUUCCCUGUCCCCUGACCUUUCCCCUAUCAAAGAUCUCACCUUUUUUUCCCAAUUCUAAUUCUAGGUUUAGGGUUAGGGUUUCCGCCCCCAAAUCAAAAACCCCUGAAUCCAAUUCCACCAUGGGGAAGAACGACUUCCUAACCCCGAAGGCGAUCGCAAACCGCAUCAAAGCCAAAGGCCUCCAGAAGCUCCGGUGGUACUGCCAGAUGUGCCAGAAGCAGUGCCGCGACGAGAACGGCUUCAAGUGCCACUGCAUGAGCGAGAGCCACCAGCGCCAGAUGCUCAUCUUCGGCGAGAACCCCCACCGCGUCGUCGAAGGCUACACCGAGGAGUUCGAGUCCAGCUUCCUCGAGCACAUGAAGCGCAGCCACCGCUUCAGCCGCAUCGCCGCCACCGUCGUCUACAACGAGUACAUCAACGACCGCCACCACGUCCACAUGAACUCCACGGAGUGGGCCACGCUGACGGAGUUCGUCAAGCAUUUGGGCCGGACCGGCAAGUGCAAGGUGGAGGAGACGCCGAAGGGGUGGUUCAUAACGUACAUUGAUCGCGAUUCGGAGACUUUGUUUAAGGAGAGGGAGAAGCUGAAGAGAGUGAAGGCCGAUCUGGCGGAGGAGGAGAAGCAGGAGAGGGAGAUUAAGAAGCAGAUUGAGAGGGUUUAUCAGUCGAUGCCGGUUUCGGACAAUGUGGAUGGUCAGGGUGGUGAGGGGGUGAGUAGGGAGCUGAAAAUCGAGGCUGGUGUGAAGAUUGGCUUCGCGCUUGGGGGAGGGAAGAAGGAGAGAGGGGAGAGUUCGAAGCUGGUCUUUGAGGAGGUGGAGGAUGAAAAGAAGAGUAAGAAGGCGAAAACUGGUGGUGGCGGUGGGGCAGGGAGCGCGGCGUUGGAGGAGUUGAUGAGGGAGGAGGAGAGGAAGAAGGAGAGGGUGAAUAGGAAGGACUAUUGGGUGUGUGAGGGGAUUAUUGUGAAGGUUAUGAGUAAGGCGUUGGCGGAGAAGGGGUACUAUAAGCAGAAAGGGGUUGUGAGGAAAGUGAUUGAUAAGUAUGUUGGAGAGAUUCAGAUGCUUGAGAGUAAGCAUGUGUUGAGAGUUGAUCAGAAGGAGCUUGAGACGGUGAUUCCGCAGAUUGGCUGCCUUGUGAAGAUAGUGAACGGGGCGUAUAGAGGGUCGAAUGCAAGGUUGCUGGCGGUGGACACGGAUAAGUUUUGUGCUAAGGUGCAGAUAGAGAAGGGUGUGUAUGAUGGUAGGGUGCUUCAAGCUGUUGACUAUGAGGAUAUUUGUAAACUUGCCUAGUUUGUGCGCGUUUGAUAGACUUUCGGCUUAUGAUGGAGAUUCAGCCGCCUCAAUGCGGAUAAUCAUCUGCUUUUCAAAGCAUCCGGCAUUAUUCGUCAGAUUAAGUUUCACUGAUUGCCAGUAGAUAAUCGAGGUAGUGUGGUUUCUGGUUAGGUGUGAUUUCAAAGGCAAUUGUUUGUCAGAUUAUGAGGUUUGCAUAUUGUCUGAUCAGAGCGUACCAAUGACCAUUUUAUUUCCGUGGUGUGCUGCUUACAGCCUCAGCUGUCUAUACGUUGACUAUGAUAUAUGAAAAUAGCAAAUU